AUGUCGUUUGUUAAAAAUAUGCUUUUUGGCGGUGUCGCUACCAGUGAAGACCCUACUGGGCUAACGCAAGACGCCAAUGGUGAGGUGUCUAAAGGACAGUCUAGCGUGGAAGAGCCUAUCGUUGAGGGCAAGUUCUUUCCAAGGACCCUUUACAAAUUUAACGGCCACGACGACGAGAAGAUAUUCAUAGCAGUUAGGGGGAAGGUUUACGACUGCACUACAGGGAGGCAGUUCUAUGGUCCCAGUGGGCCAUACUCUAAUUUUGCUGGCCACGAUGCGUCCCGCGGGCUUGCUACUAAUUCCUUCGAGUUGGAUGCUGUGAAACACUGGGACCAGCCUGUCGACGAUCUUUCGGACUUAUCGGAGCAACAGCUGGAGGCACUUGAUGGGUGGGCAGCACACUUUGAGAAGAAGUACCCAUGUAUUGGGGUCUUGGUGCCCGAACCCGGCGUCAAUUACUAA